AAACUACUAGAUUACUCUGUCCAUCAACGUCAUCAAUGAGUGACACGUCACUUCCGCCCAAAUUGAAGAAUAUCCGGAAAGUUGCCCUUAGUUAUGUCACGUGAUAGCAAUUACGGGAGUUCCGGUUGCAUCGCGCGCGUGCCCGUGGUGUGUCGGCAUAGUUGAGAGGACCUUAUACCAUGGUACAAGAUGCAGAAGUGAACAUGGUGCAAUGACACGGCUUACCUGCCAUUCUGCCUGCUUUUCCCUGUCCGUUACCACUGCUAACCGAGGUCUUGCCGUAAAUCAGAAGGUAGAACCGGCUCCUGCAGUCAUCCCGAGUCACAGGUGCCCAGCCAUGCUUAGCCGGGCCGAGCAUGAAGUCCUUGAGGGCAGAGCACAGAAGCCACUGACUCCCAGCUAUAUGGAAGGUUUUGCCAGCGAAAGGGAUACUGUUAAACAAAAUGAAGAUGGACUGGUGCACUCUGUUGUUUCACCUUAUGAGGAGGGGCCUGCAAACAACUUCCUACAAGUGGAGCUGGAACUGAACUUGAAGUUGAGGAAUUUACUGUUUCAGGAUCCAGUAAAAUAUGUUUACAAUCCCUUAUUAUAUGCCUGGGAUCCCCAUGAGAAGUAUGUGCGGAGAUACUGCCACACCAAAAAGGAGGUGCUCUUUUUAGGAAUGAACCCAGGACCAUUUGGCAUGGCUCAAACAGGGGUACCUUUUGGUGAAGUGAAGCAUGUACGGGAUUGGCUGCAGAUUGAAGGUCUGGUUUGUAAACCAGAAUUGGAGCACCCUAAAAGGCCUAUUCGUGGGUUUCAAUGUCCUCAGAGUGAGGUGAGUGGUGCCCGUUUUUGGGGUUUCUUCAAGUCACUCUGUGGACACCCUGAAGUGUUUUUCCAGCGCUGUUUUGUUCACAACCAUUGUCCUCUCAUCUUCAUGAACCAAUCUGGCAAGAACCUGACACCCACGGACCUUCCAAAAGCACAACGAGAGUCACUACUGGAAAUCUGUGAUGAAGCCCUUUGUCAAGUUGUAAGGACGCUUGGGGUCAGAAUGGUUAUUGGUGUAGGACGAUUCUCUGAACAGAGGGCUAGGAAGGCUCUGGCAUUGGAGGGACUAAAUGUUGCAGUAAAAAGCAUAAUGCACCCCUCCCCUAGGAAUCCUCAAGCCAACAAAGGUUGGGACAGUCUGGUGAGGACCCAGCUUGAGGAACUGGGAGUCUUAAGCUUACUGAAUUGUGGAACAGCAAAAGCAUAAGACACAGUCUAUAUCAGGACUUCACAAGACUGACAAUCAGAGGAAGGUUCUACAUAUUCUUACUGAGUAUUAUAGAGGACUGUAGUUCAGGAGAUGUGCACUGCUGGCUCUGGUCAUCUCCAUUACUUCUAUGCGGUGCACCUCCUGGUAUACAGAGUUUUCAAACACUAACGGCAAGAUUUAGCUCUUGUUAAUUUGCCUAAAGCUAAGAGGAAUUACACAGUGAUAAAGCCUGCAUACUGUUUAAUAAGAUAUAAUCCCCACAUUGUAAAUAACUAACAGCUGCAUUUACCUCUUGUUAAUUUGCCUAAAGCUAAGAGGAAUUACAGUGAUAAAGCCUGCAUACUGUUUAAUAAGCUAUAAUCCCCACAUUGUAAAUAGCUAACAGCUAGAUUUACCUCUUGUUAAUUUACCUAAAGCUAAGAGGAAUUACACAGUGAUAAAGCCUGCAUACUGUUUAAUAAACUAUAAUCCCCACAUUGCAAAUAACUAAUGGCUAGAUUACGAGUUUUGUGGUAAGAGCGGCUCGGUGCUAACUUGCAAGUUAUUGUCACCGCUCACCUCCCUAUAGCGCUGCUAUUACGGGUUUUCAGAAACCCGGCGUUAGCAGGCAAGAAGUGAGCGUUGAGCAAAAUUGAGCUCUAUACCGCACUCCAAUACCAGCGCCGUGGUGAGCUGGUUUUACGUGCUCAUGCACGAUUUCCCCAUAGACAUCAAUGGGGAGAGCCGGCUGAAAAAAAGUCUAACACCUGCAAUAAAGGAGCGUAAAGCUCCGUAACGCAGCCCCAUUGAUUCCUAUGGGGAAAUAAAAAGUUAUGUUUACACCUAACAUAAACCCCGAGUCUAAACACCCCUAAUCUGCCACCCCCAACAUCACCGACACCUACAUUACACUUAUUAACCCCUAAUCUGCCGCCCCAACAUCGCUGCCACCUACAGUACACCUAUUAACCCCUAAUCUGCCGCCCCAACGUCGCCGCCACCUACCUACAUUUAUUAACCCCAAUGUUGCCGCCACUAUACUAAAGUUAUAAACCCCUAAACCUAACCCUAAGUCUAACCCUAACACCCCCUACUUUAAUAUAAUUAAAAUAAAUCUAAUAAAAAUUCCUAUAAUUAACUAAAUAAUACCUAUUUAAAACUAAAUACCUAUAAAAUAAACCCUAAGCUUGCUACAAUUUAACUAAUAGUUAAAUAGUAGCUAUCUUAGGUUUUAUUUUUAUUUCACAGGCAAGUUUGUAUUUAUUUUAACUAGGUAGAUUAGUUAGUAAAUAGUUAGUUAUUAUCUAUUUACUAGCUACCUAGCUAAAAUAAAUACCAAUUUACCUGUAAAAUAAAACCUAACCUUACACUACAAUUAAAUAAACAAUGUUAAUUAAAUACAAUUAACUAAAUUAAAAAAAUAACAAACACUAAAUUACACAAAAUAAAAAAAUAAAUUAUCAAAUAUUUAAACUAAUUACACCUAAUCUAAUAGCCCUAUCAAAAUAAAAAAAAAACCUAGCCUACAAUAAACUACCAAUAGUCCUUAAAAGGGCCUUUUGCGGGGCAUUGCCCCAAAGAAAUCAGCUCUUUUACCUGUAAAAAAAAUACAAACAACCCCCCAACAGUAAAACCCACCACCCACACAACCAACCCCCCAAAUAAAAUCCUAACUAAAAAACCUAAGCUCGCCAUUGCCCUGAAAAGGGCAUUUGGAUGGGCAUUGCCCUUAAAAAGGCAUUUAGCUCUUUUUCGGUGCCCAAAAGCCCUAAUCUAAAAAUAAAACCCACCCAAUAAACCCAUAAAAAAAAAACUAACACUAACCCCCCGAAGAUCCACUUACAGUUUUUGAAGACCCGAAAUCCAUCCUUAACGAAGCGGCCGAAGUCCUUAUCGAAGCGGCCGAAGUCUUCAUGCAGACAGCAUCUUCUAUCUUCAUCCAUCCGCGGCUCCAUCUUUAAGACAUCCGGCGCAGAGCAUCCUCUUCUUUCCACGGCGACCGAAGAAUGAAGGUUCCUUUAAGUGACAUCAUCCAAGAUGGCGUCCCUUGAAUUCCGACUGGCUGAUAGAAUUCUAUCAGCCAAUCGGAAUUAAAGGUGAAAAAAUCCUAUUGGCUGAUGCAAUCAGCCAAUAGGAUUGAGCUUCAAUCCUAUUGGCUGAUUUUUCACCCAUACCGCAAAACUCGUAAUCUAGCCGUAAGGUAGUUACAUUUGGUUUUAUGUUUAAAUAUAAAUAUUGGAUUAUUUUGAUAAUGGAUUAUUGUUUGAAAUAACACGUAAAGAAGGUGAAAGACUUUUUAAUUUAUGAUAAACCUUAUAAGGUUUUGCAACAUUCAACUUUCCAGUUUACUUCUUUUAUCAAAUUUGCUUUAUUCUUAUGGUAUCAUUUGUUGAAGGAGCAGCAAUGUGCUACUGUUUUUUAACUGAACACAUGGGUGAGCCAAUGACAAUCGGUAUAUAUAUACAGCCAUCAAUCAGCAGCUAGAACCUAGGUUCUUUGCUGCUCCUGUGCUUUCCUAGAAAAACAUUUAAGGCUUUAAGCAAACGAUAACAAGAGAAGGAAGCAAAUUAAAUAAUAAACGUAAAUUGUAAAGUUGUUUAAAAUUGUAUUCUCUGUCGAAAUCGUGAAUGUCUAAUGAUGACUUUACUGUCCCUUGAAAUAUCAAUGGGUAAAACAAAGGCACAACUUCUGUUUCUUGCUUGUCAACCACUUAAUGGAAUUUCAAACCAUGGCAGCUUUCAAAAUAUUAUUGAUAUUUUGCAGUAAAAAUAUCCCUACGAUUGUGUGCUUGAAUUACUAACAAAUCCGGCGCCAGGAUCCUGAAAUUUUCUGUCUUUUAUUUUUUUGGAUUAGUCUAUAAGUGUAUAUGUAAAUAAUGUUCCUGAUUCCUAAAAAUAGGUUCCUGGCUCCUAACAUAUCAAUGUAACAGCCUUAAUAUAUAUAUUUCUGUCUCCUCCCAGCAUGUAUUUAAUAUUGUUAUCCUUUUCUCGAUUGUACGUCUUCACAAAUCUACUUUUUCUAUGUUAUUUCUGAUCUAGAACUUAUUUUAAUGUCUUGGUAAAAUAAAAGUAGUAUACCACUAACUGA